GUUGUUGUUUCCUCAGUAGGGAAUUGACCAUUGAACUUUUGAAUUAAUUAUACGCAGCCAAUCCAAGAACAAAAUUGCUAAUACAAGAACUAAAUUAAAUGUUACAGUAGUAAAUCAAACAGCCACAGGUUAAUGAAACAUUCCAAAAUGGAAACAAAAAAUCAAUACGUACCUAGAGUCAAUCAAAUUGAUGCCAUUAGCUUGAAUAAAGAUAUUACAAGACUGAUAAGGGAUACCCUUCUAGAGAACUUACAAGCCAUAUCGCCCGUAUUGUUUUUCAAAAUACAACCUGAGCUAGAUUUACUCAUACAAUCAGCCAUUUGGUUUGGUUCUGUGGGCAAACGCUGUUCAACUUUUGGCCAACAACUAUUGGUAUUGGCCUACGACUCGGAACGCUUGACUUUAUCCAGAUUAGUACUACACUUUUGUCUUACCGUUUUACCCAGCUACAUAAAAAAGAUCGAAGAAAGACGUUUAACUCGUCGAGUCGAAUGGCUAUCCAAGGCAAUCGAAUAUGGAGAGAAUGCAGCUCUUGUUUUAUCCGUUUUGAAUUUCUUUCGAUUUUUGAAAACGGGUAGAAAGCCAACUCUGAUUGACUUCUUACUGGGUUUGGACUACAUAAGCUUGCGCCACAAUCAACGCAGAGAUAUUGGCUACAAAUAUUUAACACGUGAAUUGUUAUGGGGUGGAUUUAUGGAAAUGUUGGGUUUGGUUCUGCCAAUUAUUAAUUUCCGUAAAAUACAGCGUGUGGCCCGCAAUCUCCUAAGUUCUCGAAAAUCAAUUUCAAGCGAAGAGGCAGAUAAUGAGGCUCUGACUCCCACAGCCAAAGGGAAACCAAAACUAACGCCAACAACUACCUGCGUAUUUUGUGGCGAACGACCCACAUUGCCUCACUAUAUGGGUUGCGAGCAUAUUUAUUGCUAUUAUUGUUUAUCAGCAAAUAUCAGCACAGAUUCGAAUUUCUGUUGCACGGUUUGUGAUAGCCCUGUUGCAGCGGGAGGUAUAGAACCACUGUAGAAUAAGUUGAAUAUAGAAAUAUUAGUAUAAGAUUUGCAAUUUAGAAAACACAGAACAGGGCAUCAGAGCUUUACAGAGUUAAAUUGAGUGAAAAUUACAUUUAAAAAAACAAAAUGUAGACCUAGAAUUAUUAACUUAGAAUAGCAACGAUUUUUAAAGAUUUGUAUUAAGAGAAAUAGUUUCUAUGGCAAAUUUUACCACAACAUCAAAAAGUAUAUAAAAGUGUUUUACAAACGAAAAAAUUUUUGACAAUGUACCGGGAUCUAUGAAGGAUUAAAACUGGCCAGGGAUAGCUCCCCUCCGCAAAU